AUGGCAGAUGCGCCUGCGCCCAAGACAAAGGUCGCCAAGGCUGGUGCCAGCACAGACAGCGGCGACAAGAAGCGCUUUGAGGUCAAGAAGGUGAGUCGGCGUGUGAGAUUCAGGCAAGACUGGCUGUGCAUUAACAGAGCGCAGUGGAACGCGGUAGCUCUCUGGGCUUGGGACAUCGUCGUCGACAACUGCGCCAUCUGCCGCAACCACAUCAUGGACCUCUGCAUCGAGUGCCAGGCCAACCAGGCGUCCGCCACGAGCGAAGAGUGCACCGUCGCCUGGGGCAUCUGCAACCACGCCUUCCACUUCCACUGUAUCUCGCGGUGGCUCAAGACACGACAGGUGUGCCCGCUCGACAAUCGAGACUGGGAGUUCCAGAAGUACGGGCGAUAG